GAGAGUGAGAGUGAGAGACAGAGAGAGAGAGAGAGAAACAGAGAGAGAGAGACAGAGAGAGAGACAGAGAGAGAGAAAAGCCAAAAAGGAGGGGGGCUCUGUAGAAAAACAGACUAUGGGGCUGCUGUGGUAGAGGUGACAGAGUCGGUGUUAAGACUAUGACAGAGCUGGAGGAAACAUGUUCAGGUGUUCAGCUUUUAUCAAUGGACUCCAAACAAAAAGGUAACAAAGUCUGCAUCUGUAGCGUAUGAAUUAACUAAACGGCGGUUUUGAUCAAGUUUGGACACUUAUACUGUGCUCAUUAGGGACACGGUUACUAAAGAGGACCUUUAGAGUUCGGGCUACCUGCUGAUUCUCCGGUGAAUGAGCACGUCACGUAGGCUUCAAAACAACAUCCACUGCAGGGGAAACGUCUCUGACAGAAGAUCGUGAGGAGGAGAGAGAGAGGGGGGUGGGGGGGGACAAGAGAAAAAUAUCCAUGGAUUUUGUCAUGACUUUAUUCACAGAAGAGCCUUAAAUCAAACCUUCAUGAGAAGGCAAGGGAUUUAAAGGAGGAAAGAGCGAGAGAGAGAGAGAGAGAGAGAGGAGAUCAACGCAUUUAUCUGAGGCCAUUCUUGUAAGGGUGCUACGGACUGCAGUAUGAUUCUCCCUGUGGUUUUUCCUCUGGUGCUGCUGCUGGUCUGCGGGCCGGGCUCCACACUGCAGGCGGAGGCCGAGGAGUUGGAGAGCAUAGAUGAGGUUCUGGAGCGGGAGUUCCUCUUCGCCGGACGCACCAAGCGUGCUGCGUCAGCGGACGCCUCCUCGCAAGUAGACAAGUGUUCCUACACUUUUAUCGUCCCCCAGCAGAAGCAAACCGGCGCCAUCUGCGUUAACUCCAAGGAGCCCGACAGCCUCCUAGAGAACCGGGUCAACAAACAGGAGCUGGAGCUACUGAAUGGCGAGCUCCAGAAGCAGCGGCGACAGAUGGAGUCGCUGCAGCAGCUGGUGGAGGUGGACGGCGGCAUCGUCAACGAGGUCAAGCUCCUGCGCAAGGAGAGCCGCAACAUGAAUGCUCGCGUCACGCAACUCUACAUGCAGCUGCUACACGAGAUCAUCCGCAAGCGCGACAACGCCCUGGAGGUGUCUCAGCUGGAGAAUCGUGUGCUCAACCACACCUCUGAGAUGGGUCGGCUGGCUUCGCGCUACCGUGACCUGGAGCACAAGUACCAGCACUUAUCCGCCCUCGCCGGCAACCAGAGCGCCAUCAUCGUGCAGUUGGAGCAGCAUUGCCGCCGAGGGGGCCACUCGUACGGGGGAGAGAGAGAAAGGUCUCGUCCUGUUCGUCCUCAGCCCCCCGUGGUGCCACAGCAACCUACGCAGCAGAGGCCGGUAGCGCCACCAGUGGCUAGUAAACCCUACCAUCCACCUACAUACACCCGCAGCAACCAGAUCACCAAUGAAAUCCAGAGCGACCAGAACUCCAAAGCGUUGCCACCUCCACUGCCCACCAUGCCCAGUGGCACUCACCAGCCAUCCACCACAAACAAGCCCUCAGGGCCUUUCAAGGACUGCCUUGCUGCUCUAGAGGAGGGUCACGCCACCAGUGGCAUGUACCUGGUCAAGCCUGAGAACGCCAACCGGUUGAUGCAGGUGUGGUGUGACCAGAGGCACGACCCCGGCGGCUGGACAGUCAUUCAGAGACGCCAGGACGGCUCCGUCAACUUCUUCAGGAACUGGGACACGUACAAGCAAGGGUUUGGUAACAUUGACAGUGAAUACUGGCUGGGUCUUGAAAACAUCUACUGGCUGACCAACCAGGGCAACUACAAGCUUCUGGUGAUGCUGGAGGACUGGUCCGGUCGCAAGACCUUUGCCGAAUACGCCAGUUUCCGUAUUGAGGCAGAGGCAGACUUCUACAAACUAAGAGUGGGUCGCUACCAUGGCAACGCCGGGGACUCCCUCACAUGGCACAACGGCAAGCAGUUCACCACGCUGGACAGGGACCACGACGUGUAUACAGGUAACUGUGCCCAUUACCAGAAGGGUGGCUGGUGGUAUAACGCCUGUGCCCACUCCAACCUGAACGGCGUGUGGUACCGGGGCGGGCACUACCGCAGCCGAUACCAGGACGGCGUCUACUGGGCCGAGUUCCGCGGGGGCGCUUACUCCCUGAAGAAAGUGUCCAUGAUGAUCCGACCCAACCCAAACACCUUCCACUAAGACCACCGUUUUUCGAAGAGCGAGAGAACCAACCGCAGGAAAACCUUGUUUUUUUAUUUUUGUAAACGGGCAUUUUCUCCAACUUGACCUCUGUCCUGAGGUUCAUUUCAGCUUCUGUCUUGGCUUUUUGUUUUCUUCUGAUUCCUUUAAUCGCUUUACAUUCAUAAAUAUAUAGAUAUAGCAAGUGCAACGGCUGUCUUGUGUAUGGCUCACAGGGACAGGGUGGUGUUUUCCCCCCCCAACAGGUUUCAAAGCCCUCUUUGCAGGAUUCCUCCAGCGUUCUAUGGAGGCACAGGGCCACAUGGUUUACCUUCUCGGAAGAACUAGCAGGGAAGUCAAGUUCCCUCUGAGGAGCUUGCAAAAACAAUUGCAACUACAAAGACAGGCCCUGUGCCUUUCGGACACAGACUUUGCACAUUUGCAUGAAUGCAGAAGUGAUGGUGCAGCUUUUUGUUGUGUUGUUCUACAGUUGCUGACAAAUGAAACCAAGAGAGAAGUUUGUAUUACAGGUUGUUUUUUUUGUCUUUUGUUGUGGGGAGAAAAAAAAAAGGGGGAAAUAUUUUUUGGGAUGUUUAUUGUGGUUGUUAGAUAUACAGACAGCACAUCUCCAUAAAGUUUAUAUUUGACCGUUUCGAGUCACUACUGUUAUCUGGCUGUUAUGCAAUAUUAGUAAUGAUGCUUUAAGUGUUUGGUUUUUUUUCUCUUUGAGGAAACAUGACACAGGAAUUCAUAUCUGGUGAUCCUAUCCAAAAACACUCACUGGAGAAAAAAAAAAUGGUAUUAGUUUGUUUUCUUUCCUAACAUUUUAAGAAUGUGUACAGGAAGUGACCCAAACUAUUUUGAAAGAGGCAUCUUUCCCUGCAGUAACAAGUGUCUAUAUUUUGGCCAAACUACUGAGCCAACAAAGAAGCUCAUCCAUUUCCACAGCAGAGCAGAGAUUCGUGGCAACUUCAGCUUUUGCUCUGCUCAGCUACUGUGAGGAAUUUCCUGUAAGGGAGGAGUGGCUGGCCGAGUGAGUGUCAUGGGGUUUGAAGGGGAGGAUGGAGAGGAUGGAGAGAAAGGGGAGAAAAGGGAGGUUGCGUGGAAAGGAGUCUUCAUCGCUGUGUCCUAAUGAACCAUUAGGGAGAAUGAGGUCAACCAAAUCGAUCUGACCUCCCUCCAGAGGUGUGUUGACACUGCGGAUGCAUCACAGAGAGCCUCCUAAAUUACUGUUUUACCAGAAGGAGGGCAAGGGAAGACCUGAAGCUGAAAGGUGAUGCUUUCGAAAUGGCCAGUAUGCCAUCAAAAUAUAUGUUCAGUGAGCAUACCUUUUUAAAGUGAGAUAAAAAAAUAUAUAUUAUGAACAAACGGCCCCCACCAGUUACAUAACUAACCACCGUCCAAAACGACCCCCGACUCAUCCCAGUUAACUGCUCACAAUCCUUAUAAUCUCCUUUUAUGCAGUCCGAGCUUUAAGGCAAGAUGGAAGAUCGUAGAAAGAACAACAUUGCAGCUUCAAUGAUUCAGAUGGGCGAUCUAACGAGGCCAUUUGCACCGAGCAUUUUGCCAAACCAGAAGUCAAAUAACCUGUAGUGUGUAACCUGUACAGUGUGUGGAGUGAAAUGGAAAUGUGUUUUUUUGCAUAUCCUACUCCCCCUGACCCCUGCCAUUAUUGACGGGGAGCAAAUAAGUUAAGUUUUUAAUGUCACGUGCACAAGUACAGUGAAAUGUCUUUCUUGCCAGCUCUAAACCAAACAAUGCAAUAAUCAAUAUUACAGCUACUGGCCCAACGCUCUAACCACUAGUCUACCUGCUAUCACAACGAGACCAAGUGUGUCUAACUCGAUUAUUACAAAUCCCUGUAGUUCCCUGUAGUGUUCACACAACGUCAGACAAGUGGUUGCCUGUAGUGUUCACACAACAUCAUGUCAAUAAUUCAGUCCUCUCUGUACAUAAGUUAUCCUCAUUAAGGUUAUUUUUGUAUGGUAUCAAUCUGCUGUGUAUCAACUAGAGCAUUCAGAGCUCGAACCACGCAGUGUAUAAUCAACUAGAGCAUUCAGAGCUCGAACCACGCAGUGUAUAAACAACUAGAGCAUUCAGGGCACGAACCACCCAGCGUAUAAUCAACUAGAGCAUUCAGAGCUCGAACCACCCAGUGCAUAAUCAACUAGAGCAUUCAGGGCACGAACCACAGAGUGUAUAAUCAACUAGAGCAUUCAGGGCUCGAACCACCCAGUGUAUAAUCAACUAGAGCAUUCAGAGCUCGAACCACCCAGUGCAUAAUAAACUGUCCAGUCACUUUGGUGUUUUCUUUUGGACAGCUGUGGAGGUGAUAGGAACUGAUACAGCACCCAGAUAGAAACUGGGUCAGAUACACAGAGGUUUUGUCAAAGCAUUAAAUGUGAGAACAUGAAGAAUGAACACAGACAAACAGGCUAAGGAUACAAGCAUUCCAUUAAACAAAACAAAAAAAUCA